CCUCCAUUAGCGACUGAUGAAAAUGGACGGCUUUAGGACCCGGGAGAGCGGGCUGCCACAGAGGCAUUGCAGACAGCGCGUUUGGGAGGUGUAGUGGAAGAAAGGCAAAGAAACGGAGUAAAUGAGAGCACUUUUGUCCAGAUUGUUGAAGGACUUAUCAACUUAAAAUACCGCCGAAACUGCCCACUAGAAUGAGACGGACACAUUGUUGAAUUCUUGUCCAGGUAAAUGUCCGCGUUUCCUUCGCAUGGUUAACUACAAGAGGUCGACAGCUAGACAGGGUAGGUCCCCAUUGUACUUACAUGGGAUGCGGUUAUUCUCACCCAGGCUGCCCUGCUAGGCCCCAUAUCCUUUCUAUCGCUAAAUGCAAACCUGAAAUGAGGUACUUUCCUGCCUUCACUUCGCCGUAGAAGUUAUUUAGCAGCAAACAGUGGAGUUUAUAAGCGUCCUGCAGUGUAUUUUAACGCGAUGUUGUUUUUUUCCACAAACAACAGUGAGCCUCUCUUCAGAUGUUAGCCAUUCAUUUUUGACAAUGACCACUUUUGAGACAGCCCUCAGGGCCAAAAUAUCUGCAGUCAUGUUACUUUAAACGCUUCCCCUCUGCGAGAAAGUUGUUUUUGCUCGUACUUUACGGCCCAGCAGGCAAAUGAAAACAAAUGAGCUCAGUAAGAAAGCAGCUCAUUCAUUGUUAUGAACUACCACUGCGUUUGUUUACUCGUUUGAGGGAGAAAUUUAUUGCCAGACAAUAUUGUUGCGCUCAGCUGCGUUAGCUUUGCUAGCUUGUUGCUGCUCUGUUGUAGCACUGCUGCAUCCACAGACAGUAGGACGAAAUAGCAGGCUACAUCUCUGUUUUGACUUGUUGACACUGUAUAGUGGCUUUAAAAGUGAGGCCUAGUAGCUCCUAGCUUCAAAGUUUGGACGCAGGGGAGGUCGUUAAGAAGAGGUGAAGUGGAGUUAUAGUCUUAAUUUUCACCUUUAUAAUCAGUAUAGCUGCAAAGUGCAUGUGAGCUGUUCAGGUGAUAGGUUUCAAUGCUGUUUAUGUUAUUUUUUCACCUACAGUGAUGACAGCUGAGCAUUGGCUCUCCUGAAAUGUUUUUGUUUUGUGAUGUGGUUGCAGCAAAACUAACUGAUGUAACACAGCUUAAAUGUCAACCUUAGAUAAAUUUACUGAUGCUACUGUAUGCUCGGCUCCAUCUCCUAGAGGUUAUACAUGCAUAAAACAGUCUGCAGAAAGAACAUUGUCCCUGGGCGUGUUGUACCAGUAACGCCUUUUAGCGUCAAAAUGUUCUCAACAGUCAUGAGACUACAUCUGUCCACUGUGUGUACGCAGGGGGACUUGGCAUGUGACCCGAGGAAGACGCAACAAGCAUGGCGUAAUGAUGCAGACAGUGGCUUUCUUUGGCUCUCCCUGUUCUAUUUAGAAAAUACCAGUCACCUCCCACCCAAUCACAUCACAGCCCCGUUGACGCAAAUGUGCCACCAGUUGCAUGCAGAAUCUGAGGAAUGUUGUUUGAAAUUGUUGUCCCUGUACACAGACAGACUUAUUGUGCCCGUCUCCUUGCCUGCACCACUGGAGUUCUGGUUCUAGUGAUGGUAACUUACCAUCAAACUCACAUGGAGGCAGUCUGCCUGGCUGAGAGAUAACACUUUUUGUGUUGUAAACCAUCUCCAGGAGUUGCUUGCGCACACAGCCAUGUCAUAUGAUUUGCAGAGACUCAAGAGUCCUGAAAUUUAAGAUCUUAUUCUCCCCGUUAGAGGACAGGGGUAGUGUCCUGCUACACGUGUGAAUCGGUCCAUCUUCUCUCGAUGCACGUUUAACCUUUAAUUCAGCACAUGAAUAGUUUUAAAAUGAAUAUGUUGACCUGAGUCAUAAAGGUGUUGCUGCUCACCUCAUCACAAGAUUGAAAAAGUACGUCUACUUGUCUAAUACAGUUACAGAAACUGUGGCUGUGAGUUGAGCUACACUCACUCACCCUCAGUAUUCUUAUCACUGGUGCUGUGUUUUCAGGGAACUUGAAAGAGGAACUUGUGUAGUAGAUCACCGUGUUACUACUUCCAUGGUGGCAUUUGAACACAAACAAGUGUUGCUUCAGGACUUCUUUCCAGCUACAGGUUAGCACCUCAGAUGUGUUGAUUCAAUGGUUUGAAUUAUUUGAGUGUUGUGAUUUAUCUCUAACUGCAAACCAGCUGCUGCAUCUCUUGUUUACACGAAUGGUGUGGAAAUAGAGCAGGCCUGUAUCUAUUGAUCUGAUGAAGGAAGUAGUGUGGAGAUGUCGGCCUGUUUUUCUGCUUCCUGCCAUAAAAAAAAAAUAUGGGACUGUCCUCUGUGGCUCAGUGACAGGCACAGUGUGUGGCAUCCUUGCUGCAUGACACUGCUUUGCAUUGAAUGGGGUGGCCCCUGGAGCUUGAGCCAGAAAGAUGAAUGAUUGAAAGCUGCACUGACAGUAGGGCAGGCAGGCAGGCAGGCAGGCGGGCGGUGGCGGCCCAGAGGCCUGAGCACCAUGUGACCCGCUGUCAGGGUACUGGGUUCAUUCAGUGGCUGCUGGCUGCAGUGCUGGCAGCAGCCCAGCUUUUCCACACAGGCCGCAGUAGCAACAGGUCGCUCCCAUUAAAACAGCAGCACUCUGUUGUGGCUCCAGAGCCGGUCUUGUGCAUGUGUUGCUUUUUUGGCUGUGGUGUAUGCGCUCAAGUUUGUUUGUGUGAUGUAUCCCAAUGUGUAUAUAAUGUGUGUGUACCAAGAUGCCGAAAGGAUCCGACAGUUUGUGUGAUCCUCAGUUUGAAUAGCACUCAGUGUGCUUUUUUUCAAAUCCCACUCAGCAAUCCUUCCAACAUGGACUGUGUGACACAAGCACCACAACCCCAGAGCAAUAAACAAAAACAGUGAGCAAAAAUAAACCGAGCUUUGGUUAACUCACUUUGCUCAUUGAUGGGAGUGAACAGAAAGGCAGUAAAAAGGCAUGUUGCUCGUAAUUUCACUGACUGAUGUAUCAGAGCCUGGGGCUGUGCAGAUAUGACUCGUAGUCUGUCAAUAGUCACAUCAACUUCCUGUUGUUGUCCCCAGCCACAUGCUGGAUGAGGCCACUCAGACAGAGCUCUCUUUUGAUGGCCGUGCUCUGACUGAGCAGCAGCAGGGAAAUUGAUUUCAGUCGAUGGUCAGAUAUUGCCUGGUGCAGUAUGUGACAUUUGUGUGAACAGGCCUGGCAAUUGAUCCUUCUUCUGCUGAUUCAAAGCUGUCUUUAUAUCAUAAGGAAGCACUAAAUGAAUGAAAAGGUCAAGCAGUUGUGGUCCUGAUAGCCUGCAGGUUUUAAGUGUGAGCCUUUGAUGAAAAACCUUUAAAUCUGUGAUGGAGUCCAGACCCAUGUAGUCUCUGAAAUGAUUUCAUUGCACAUUCAUUCUGUCUUUGAUUAUUAGUUAAUGUUACAGGUAAGAUUACCACUGAAACCCAUCUUUAAACACAUUUACUUUUACUUUUGUUCUGCUGUUUACUCAUUCAUCCGUAGAAAGCCGCAUUCACACACUGCAGCGUAACUGUGAAAGCAGACUGGUCUGUAUGUGAAUAGGUGUUAGAGUUGUUGUUGUUCUGUUGUUGUUCUGUAAAUACAUCAGAGUAGCUGACGGGAACCAGCGACAUUUCCGUAAAGCUCCCCACCACAGGUCAGGUGUAAAUAAACAGCAACACUCACUCAUAGAGCACACAAAGGUUAUCUGUGGUCAUAAACAUUUGAGUUUAUUCAUAUCAGCAGUGCUCAACAUGUGCUGACUUUACAGCUUUUUAGAGUGUGUAUUGUCAGACAAGAUAAUCAAACCUACAGGCCUGGUGCCUCCGAUCAUAUCAGAUCAGAUCUUCAUCAGCCGAGGGUGUUAUUUUUCUUUUUUUUUGUCAUUCGAUCAGGUGAUUGAAAGUCAGCAGAAUUGUUGUGCAAUCAACAAAACAAACACUUUCUAAAGCCAUCGAACAGCUUUCCUGAGGCUUUAGCACAAGUUUCAUAAUGGGAGACAAAUCUCUCAAGUCUGUUUUUUGGCUUUUAGGCUUUAAUUUUAUGGACAAGAACAGAAGCCAGAAAAAGACUUUGUAAUUUCAUAUCAGGAAGGGUCUCAGGUUGGAUUUGAAUGCUGUCGCUGACAUUCGGUUAAGAGAGGACUGCUGCCUCUGUUGGGGAAGCACAAUAUUGGCAAAGUAUUGCUUUAUGCAAAUGUGGUUUCUGCUAGACCUUAGUGAUUAAUAGGACCAAUAAAGUGACGUAUUGGUUAUGCAUACACAAUGACAGCUUUUACAUGCCAAAAUGGUUAAAAAUGACUCAAAAAUUUAACAUAUUUAUUGAUCUGUGUCUAAGGUUCUUCUGUUGUAGGCUUAACACACAUUACUAAUCAAGGAGCUCAAUAAAACCCCAGAAAUGUUAAACCCUCGACAGCUGCAAAGUUUUAAAGGUGGCUUUAGUGUCAUUGUUUUGUAAUUCGUUGCUGUUCUGAUCAUUUUGAGAACAAAAUCCCAGAAAUCAGGAAGACUACAUUAUGGAUGACCAAAGCCUUUAGCUUAUGCAGGUGUCUGGCCCAUGCAGUGUUGCAGGUUCCUCAAAACUACAGUCUAACUAAAGGCACCAUAAAUCACUGAUCUUGUCCAUUCCACUGUCUCUUUUUUACUCUGUUUAUCUCAAGGUUAAUCAUCAGACAAGGUGAAAAAUCUGUCACCUCUAAAUGGGGCUAAUUCUUACCCUUCUUCACAGAAUAGGUAACCACCAUUGAGAAGGCAGCUGUGAACCUCAGGACCUCAUUUCCAGGCUCCUGCACAGGGCUGAGUGAAGGACAUUUAGGAAACAAAGCGGUGUCUCUCCCCGUGGGAAACCUGGAUCCUCCACCCUGCCCACCAACAUGACCAAUGUGGUGAUUGUCAAGGAAGGAUGGCUGCAUAAAAGAGGUAAAUAAUGCACAAUAAUGUCAGUAGAUCAUGAUUUGAUAUAAAAGUUAAAAUUUUGACCAGUGUCAAAACAAACCUUUGCGUUGCUUAAAGCCAAAGUUCUAUUAGUGAACUGCGUGAACCCUGUUACUCAAGUUUUUUCUUGUGUGUAUCUUUCACAAUGAAAUGAAGGUGAAGUUUAGUCAUCGCCACCCUUGUACAAGGACGCAAACUUGUGGGUUAACCAAGUUGGCGAAGAACACAAAUUGUGAAAACACCUUUAAAAUAUGCUGCUUAUGCAAAUGUUUAAGUCUCUUGUUGAUACUUGCAAGAGACAGGCAUUUAAUAUGCAAAACUGCUAGUCUCUUUUUAAUACUUUACAAAUUUUAAGGCACAACUUCAGAACACAAGACAACACUGUACUCAAAAUGUUCUGGCAAAUCUGCAGUACUUUCUUGGGUUGGCAAGAGUUUAGAGUCAUACUGUUUUUCACAGAUUUGACUUUCAAUGCUACAGAAAUGCCUCAGUGGACUUCCAAAUGUCCGAAAUGAUUGAUCACUCUGUAACUGUAUUAAAAGAUCUCGUAAGCAAUACUCAAUGCUCGGGUCAUCCAGCUGCAGAGCAGAGUCGCCAGCGGGCCCCAUUUAGCUGCUCUGACAGCGCUGUGUGGCGUGGCGUGGCUCUGUGUCGGGCGUGAGUCCUGUUGUUUGGACGAAGAGGCAUUCCUCACAUACCUGCUGGCUUUGAGCAGCUUUAUGUGUGCAUACUAGCUCUGCCUCACGGAGCCCACUCCACCGCCGCCUCCCCCACUACCAGGGGCAAAAUAGGAUAAGGAGGUUCUCUAAAACCAUUGAAGGCUCCCGGGCCCAGUGCCAAGGAUCCAAAGCUUUUACUGGAAGAGGAGACACAGAGAGUCUGACUCAGGGGAUAACGUGAUGGGAGCAGGUCACUGGGAGAGUUCCUGGGUUCCAAAGGGAAACAGAGCGCCGCUAUGGUGUGUUAACUCAGGUUCUCCCCUCUUCAAGGCCUCUGCUAGGAGCACAACAGGCUGCUGUUUAGGAAGAGGGUCAGUGUGGUUCAACUCAGUUGGUUCCAUGCAACCACACCCCGGUCCCUCCAGUGACGAAAAGGACAAAAUAUUGGGUGCUAAUAGUUUAAUUUGCAGAAACUAUGUCGAGUUUAGACCAUUGCUGCAAAAAAAUGGAAGUAUAUGAGAAAAUUUUAAAAUUAAUUUGUUGUUGCAAAAUGCUUUUGAGACAAACUGUGCAGACCUAAAGCACCACAGUCAAAGGAUUAAGCUGACAGGACCUUUGUUUGAGUCUAUCCUUUUUUUAGUCGGCUAUUUUAGAUUUCGUUCCUCUCUCUUUGUAUUAUUUCUGCCACAGAACUAGCAAGAGUAGUUUUUGACGCCUCUGGUAGAUGAGAAUGCUAUAGUUGUACAUAAUAUGUAAAUAGAGCAGGUUUUAAACAGUGACUGAUGGGAAACCGUGAGGUUUUGUGGAAGUAACAUCCACACUCAGAGCUCUAUCAGCGAUCCCUUCUGGUUGUGACACACACUCGUACACACACUAAACAAACAACCCUUCAGGAAUAGUGAGUUGGCAUGCUGUUGCAGCCCAGCAGCUGUGCCCUGUGAAAUGUCACCCAGAGCCUCCGUGUUUUGAUUGGAGGGCAUCCACCUGCCUCCUUGACAGGAUGGCUUCUAGUGUCACGUCACUGUCACGCAGGCUUUGCCCCAGAGCCACAGCACAGAAGGUGAACCUGCAGUAGCCUUGUCUCGCUGUCCAUCACCUCAGCCAGGUAGCCCCCACUCAGCCACUGACGUCCCAUGUUGCACCUUGAGUGGAGCUUGUUUGUGUGGCGGCGCCACCCAAGUGACUCACAUCUCCAUGUAGGCGUAAUAAUAAAUGGCUUACGCCGCUUUUAAGUGUGUGCAGCAUGCUCAUUACUCCCAUGUGUACAGUCAAAACAAUAAUUUCAUGUUUCACAAAAGAUAGCCUUACAUACAUAUUUCCAUCAACAUUUUGCGUGUGUGUUCCAUUGACGGGAUCUCGCAUCAAAGUAAGUUUUUAUAAGAACUAACAAAAACUGACGCACUGUAACAGCCAUUCAGUGAAGGAGAUGUACUAAUACCUUUCGUCUUGAUCAAUACCUAAGUUUAACCGAUGAGUACUCAUCUGAUGCCAGGAUCAUCAAAAAAAACACAUUAUUGACCAUGCAUAUGAUAAUUGCUAUCAUUGCUUGCUGGAUGGUCUAUACAGAUACCUUCAAGAAAUCCUUACCUAGAAACAAGCUAAAGUUUGUGAAGGCAGCAGUUGACGCUCAUAUUCAGGUUCUGCCAUAGAGCUUCAGAUUCUGUCUGUAGGACAUCUGCACAGACACAGGGAAUGUGUGGAGCAGGAAGUGGGGAAUGACACGCAGUGAAGGGUUGCAGAUGCAAAUCGAACCCGCGACUGUAAUGAUGAGGGUUUCGGUCUCUGUUUACAGGGUGCACACUUUGAUGUUAAGAUAAAAUUGUGGCCCCAGAAAACUUGAUUUUUAUCAAGAAAGAACUCAGCAUUCGGUUUUAGAAGUUUACAUUUUUUCUGUGGUAAGUCCCAACAACUCAAUUAAAAUAUUUCUUUACCUGAACAUAGAGAAAAAGCACAUCCUUAAAAGUCCUGUGCAUAUAAAUAGGAAUAUUUAGCCAUAUCUAGUGGUCAGAUUCUAUAUUUAAAUGCUCGGGUUUUCAGGUUUAUUUUAUACAUUUGAUUUUUUUCAGUGUCUACUUAUAUUAGAGUUAUAUUAGGGUCGUUCUAAGUUCACAAAAGAGAAUUGUUUUUAUAUGCAGUUGAUUAUACUUUCAAUCAAACACUUAUGAAUACUGUAAUCCAUUUUUUACCAUAUCUACUCUGUACUACACCCCGUGCUUUUAAAAAAAGAGAUUAUUUACACAGAUUGUGGGGAUUUUAACAGUUUUGAUUGGUACUUCUCUCCACUGUAGCACUGUUUUAUUGUUGUUUUCUAUCAUCAUUUGAGCACUUUUCCUGAGUUUAGUUGUUCUUUGUCACCACAGACAAUAAUGUGUGGUGCUUUGUAGGCUGCUGGUUUCUUUUUAGAACAGUAAUGGACAUUGUGGUGCCAUGCAAAAUACAGUAUAAGAUGCAAGCAAUGUGUGUCUCAUUCACCUUGACUGAACAAUGGAUUUCAACUCGUAUUUGAGGCAUUUCUAAUUCAGCUCUACUGUAUGGUGAUUCAUAAUGAAAGCAUCUGAUGGCAUGCCUUAUACAGGCAUAGAGCAUGGCAGCACCAGCAUGUAAGCUUAACUAAUUCAUGCCACUCACUCUCACUCUUUGAUUCCUGUCUGAUUAGUCAUGUGCAGCUUGCAUGUGUAAACUGUAAAGAAGAUCCUAGAAGAAAGUAGAGCAAGCAGCACUGUGCCGAAGAACCCUGUAAACCCCCAGUAGAGCUAAUCUGUCAUUAGAGCUGCAGAUUCUCAGCCUUGGAGUGCUGUGUACAUUUGUUCCAGACAGGCUGCACUCAGUGAAAUGAUCUCAUUCUGAAGGACACACCUUCAUACUUUCUCUUUAAGCCUUGUGCUGCGGUAAUGUGUCUGGACUGUGGACACUGCCUGGGAUGUGUUGUUGUGGCUGUUAUCUGGGUUGUCUGUUGUGGAAGGACAGUUUUGGAAUGCAGGACGAGGCAGCUGUGUAGGAUAUGGGGUGUGUGUGUGUGUGUACGUGUGUACGUCUGGCCAUGCAUAUGCAAAUACUUGUGAGUGUGUGUGGACAGUGUGAAGCAUGUUUAUUCAAGAGUUACGCUGCCAGCCGGACAUCACCCAAUGCCCUUACGCACUGACUGCAGUACAAGCACAGGCUUGCGAAAACACUGUAACUUUGUUGUUACUAUCGUAAGCAGUUGUUAUGCGUCCACAAAUCAUACUUCCCUUUUUCGAUCCCUCACAGGACGCUCCCACACACUUUGAAUGUGCCUGCGGCCUCUAGUGGCCACAGAGACCGAGCAGCAUGCGAUUCCUCUUUGUGAGUGUGUGUUUUCCCAAAGUUUCCAUCAAAGCCAGAGCAUCAUCGGACAUCAAAGAGGCAGAUUGUGGGUUCCCUAGUUUCCAGGGAAGUGCUGUGGCCAAAAACCCAGUGAAGCUCAACAGAACAGCACUCGAUUGUCCUCCCUUCUUCCCUGGCCCUUGUUUGUUUGACUCAUUUGCUCCCUGACAAGUAUAAAGAGCCGGCCCCUUCGUUAGGCUAACGAAGGCCACAACAACUGUUGGAUUUGGGUAGCACGCUCAGCUGGCUCCGACCCAUGAGAGGGGGAAUGAGAGUGGGAGAGGGAGGGGGGUGAAAGCAGAGGGCACACCAGUGCAGAUAGUGAGGGGCAGUCAUAAAGAUAGGGGCAGUGAGAGAGAGAGACAGAAGUUGAGCAGCGUCUUUGUGAUGUUCCCAGAACAUUGCUCAGUGACCCAAUCAGCCUCAGGAGAGCGGAGGGAUGUUGUGUGUGACAUGCCACAGAGAGAGCCUCUCGUGGUUCGGUUUGGAGCUCAUCAGCUGAUUGGCUCCUUUGCCAGUCAUGCGGCUGAAGGACACCCAUGAGCUGCUCCUCCAAGCGAGACCUUGUUGGUGGUCCAGAGAACUGCAUUAGACAGAGUUGAGAACAAGAGAAGGGGGAGAGGGGGGAAAAGCAGGCAUGGUUUUUGUAAAACUCCAGACACAGUAGUCAGUGUCGAUGAAACCAUUUUAUUUUUUUCAUCUUUUAAAUUUUUGUGCCUCGUGCAUCUGGUGUCCAGACCUCCAACAGUUUAGCCAGCAUUUUCCGCAUUUAUAUUUUUUGUUCUCUGCGAGGAGAAUGCUCGGUUUCCUGCUCGGUUUACACGCUCUUCAAAGGACCAGACCCACCUGAUUAAGAGUGUCUCAUGAUGCUGCAAUGCUGACUGUCUCAGGACUUAGGGACUUUGACUGGCUGCCAGCUCUGCUGCUGGGCUUGCACAAGCUCCUACACGUCCACUCAUUAUGACUGUUGGGGGCCACACACCACUGCAGCGCACACACACACACACACACACACACACAAAACAGACACAAACUCAUAUCAUGUACUGCUAGACUGCAGCAAUAGCUAGUCCAGUGUGGAGAUCUUUUUUGUCUAUAAUCUGUGGCUUUUUUUGGUAAUAAAUAAGUUUUAAGAGCAGAAAAGGCCCAGCUGUGUUUAGAAGAUCAUAAACUCAUUCUGUUUUUGUUUUUAUCAGGCUUUCAAGGAAAAUUUAGAGGCAUUUGUUCCCUGAAAAAGCAGUUAUGCACGGCUUCAUUCCUUUGCUAAAGAGAUUACAUUUCGUAUUGGAUUUAGUUAAAAUCUUGUAUUUAAAUGAAAGUUGCAGAGACAGUUUUAUUGGAGCAUUUAAUGCAUGAACAAUAAUGUGAUCAAUUGAACCCUUUUGUGUAACUCCUGUUAUUUGACGUCUAUCUGAACCAAAUGUCUUCUAGCAUUACAUUUAUAACUAAAAGACGGCCUAUCAGUGAUAAUCAGCUGAAGUUUUAUUAUCAGAGCUCAUAUAAGAAGGAAUUUGAUAAGCAAAUGUAAGACAUUAAAUAAAACUGUUAAUCAUAAAUCAGAGCAGAAAUCGAGGGUCUUUUUUAAUACCAGAGGAAUAUUCUGGCGUUAAACUAACACUGAGUUAGACACCUCCUUGACAGAUGAAUGUUGCUGACUGUUUGCUCCUCUAGUUAUACCAACUUUAGUAAGGACCUCACGAUAGCAAUACAUAGCGGUCUAUUGCUCCACAUGCACACCUCAACAAAAAAACGCCACUCUAUAGCCACAAAUAAUGCUCAGAACAGCACCUAACUUCAUCAACAGUACAUAUAGGGUCCCAGCCAAAGUACUAGCCACUAAAUAUCUUUUUAACUUUGCCUGAUUUCUUUAGCAAAGAGGGCAAACACAACUCACCCACUCUCUUCCAGCAGCCGCUUGUUUGUGUGGGAGCCCUGACAAGUCGAUCACCGAGUGCAGCAGAUCAUUUCCAUGAAGUAAUAAUCAUCAUAAUAAUCAUUUUGCUCUGCAGACGUGGUAGUUCUUCAGCCUCAACGUCUCGGUCUGAUUGCAUUUCCAUGAAGUAAUACUCAUAAAUGUUCUUCCUUGAGCUGCGAAACUCCGCUGCACUCGGUAAUGGACUUAUCAGGGCUCCCUCCACAAACAAACAAACGGCUGCUGGAGGAGAGUGGGUGAGUUGUGUUUGACCAUAACUUAAAUUUACGCCGGAAUAUCCCUUUAACAACACCCUUAGUUCCAUAAGAGUAAGGACAUUGUGAUUCAGGGGGUAAUUUUUUUGUCUUUUUUCCUUGUUCUCCUUACUCUCCUGGGUUCCCAAAUGUUUACAGAGUAUUUUCAGAAGAAGAGGUGGUGCAACCCAGGCCCCUGUCAUAACCGUUUUAAAAUGUGUGGCUGGCACCAAAUUUCAUCAAGGACGUAUUUUUUAAAAUUUUUUAGUUUCAACAUUCAGUCUGUCAUCUUAUAGUCUUUGCCCAAUUUAGAUUAAAUUGAAGCUUUAAACUGUCACCUCUGCUUGUAUGAAAAUAUCAAAAAAGCGCCAUAAAAUGGUGAUUUAUGUCUCUUAAGAGAGCUGGAGAAUAACAAAAUAGGGGUGCAUGGUUUUAUGAUGGGUUUCGUAUUUCUUUUCAAAACUUUUCAAAUAACUUUCGACAACCAACCCUAACUUUAGUUAUGGAAUAAUCAGACACCAUCCAGCUGAUAGAAGCUGGAAGCCAAUCUGCAUAUGGAGCCCCUGUAGGCGGGGUCCAGCAGCAGAGGGUGUCACACCAGGAAGCCAGCGCUCUGGCCGGGUGUCUGGCCGUCAGCAUGGACCCCCCGCCCUGGGUAAUGGGAAAUAGUCUUCCUGUUAAAUGUGGUGGAGAGAAGUAAAUUAGUGGGGUGCAGCUGUCGGCGGGCGGGCAGGCUGGCAUGGUGGGGGGACCAGGAGGCUGAGGGAGGUGGCACCUCCACUGCUCCCCUCAGCUCGAGGUGGGCCCGCUGUGUGCUUACUUUGCUGUGCAGAGUCCGCCUGCUCCACACAACUGUGGUGCCCCUGCUGCGCUCUCCAUCUCUGUUACUCUUUUCCCUUUUUGUCUCCCGUUGUUCCCUCACUGCCCUCAUUCCUGUCGAACCUCUUGUUCUCUUUAGUUUCUACACUCAUUCUUUGUCUCCUUUUGAUUCGAGCCUAUUUCUGCUCCCCUCCACCCUUCAUUCCCUACUUCCAGCACAUGCUCUUCACCCACAUCCCCACCACCCUGUUGCUAGGAUAAUGACCCUGCUGAAAACUCAGGCCCAUGGCGGAAGCAGCUCUGGAUCAGCGAAAGCUCCCAGUCUCCGACAUCAAUCACAUCACUGGCACCUCUCUCUAGUUUAGGAAGGGAAAGGGGGAUGGGGAUGGAGUUGCGGAGGAGGGGGGCUCAGCUGUCUGCAGACUAAGGGUUGACUGUAUGAUCAGUUAUGUGUAACAUCCUCAACAUCAGCAUAUAAUGUUAAUUAGAAAAAGUUAUCACACUUUGAAAAGAUGAUCCCUGACAGCUGGAGACCGUAUCCUUCCAGAAAAAAUGGAUCCUCUGGAGUUCAUAUCUUGUUCAUUCAAGGGUGUCAGAUCUUACACUGGUCAUUGAGAGUUCAUUGGCACUAAUUUGCUCCAAAUAAUGUGUGUUUAUUUGUUUGUCAUGCAGUAACCCAGUUAACUAAUCCAUGGACUGCUUGUUUACCCAGGAAGAGGGGGCAAAUCUCAGCCCCAGUGUGGCAGGGGGGAACUUCCCACAGUGUCUCUAUGGUAAUCAGCAGGUGUCACUCACCACCGAGAAGAAGUGAGGGCUUUCUUACAAGCGUGAGAAAGAAGGGCAGCCUCCAUUGCACUCCCCCCCCAACUCCCCAUCCCUUCCCCCUUGCCUUUUUUUUUCCUGUUGGGGCAGCAGUGGCAACAGCAGUGACAGAGAGAAAGAGAGAGGGAUAAGGGGAAGAGACAUAGAGGGCUACAUUGGAGGCCAGGGUGGCCCUUCCUCACAACAGGUUGAUGCUGCUGCCAAAGCCCUGGCAAUGGAGUCCCCCAUCCAGCUGCAUGGGAGAGAGAGGGGCCAACAAAAGAGAGGAGGGGGAUGUCAGGAAGACAUAGAGAGAUGGGGAAUAAAAUGAAGCAGCCCAAAUUCCUGGACAGUUUAGGAUAGCAUGUGAGCUGGAGCUGCCUUAUAUGGUCAUUGUGAAAGGGGGUAAAUGAGAAGAUGGGUGAUUCUUCGGGCAGCACGAGAAGUCUCGAUAAGUGCUUUGCAGUGAGAGCAGGGAAUGAUAUAAGGCGGAGUUUUGUGGUUGCUGGGGCUCAGUUGUGACCCCUACAUCAGGGAGCCCCCUCUCCUCUGGAGCGGGCGACCCAUGGCUCAUUGAGAUGCAGGGCACAGGGUGGCAGGCCGCAGCUGCAGCCUACAGGCAGAACCCGGCAGAAAAGGGCCGAAGGGAUGGCGGGGGCGGCUGAGGAAAAACCAACAAAAGACGCAGCCCGCUCCCCUCCUCCUCCUCCCUCGCUUUGGAGUUCUAAUUCCCUAAUCCUCAACCUCCGCCUACCUCCCCUUCUCAUCCGAUUCUCACCACUCAAACACACACUCACACACACAUGCAGAGUCCAGGCAGCUACCACUGGCUCCCUUCCUCUCAUCCCCAAGCCAUGAAUGGCCAGACGGGGACAAAACCCAACAGCAGCCCCCUCAGGAAGUCCAACCACUGGGUGUGGGCACUGAGAGGCACAUUUUGUCUGACCCUCUCUGGGUUGCUCACACUUCCAAGUCAUGUGAGAGUGUGUUCAGUGGCAGGUGACAGUAGUGGGUAGCUCUGUUUAAAAUAUCGUUCUUCAGAUUUUAUUAAAAUCCUUCAAAGAAGAGACACAGAAGAUAGAAGGGGAGAGAAAAAGCAGAGCUGUCGGUUUGGACACACUCUGGCCUCUCCUUUUAGGGGCUUGAGGAUGAAUGCUGCUUGAUGUGUCUUAUUAAAAGCCAACAAGCCAGAGCAGCUGGGACCUCAGCAUUCCUGUCGUUGUCACAUAGAGACGGACAGAACAGGAUGCUCCUUGGAAAGAGCCACUAACCUCUGUCACUCUCUCUCCCUUGUCUGUCUAAAGCCUUCCACAUUUUUUCCUUUUAUUCAUUGACCUCUCGAUGAGCCUGCCAGGACCUGUUAAGCCAAGUUUACUCACAAACGACUUCAGUGCCAGGAAAAAGUAAACAUCAGUGUAUGUUUUUGUCCUUUUAAGGUCCUUGUUUUUGGUAUUUCCAAUGCGUGAUAAGGUAACUUUUUAAAAUGUAUGCUCUCAUUUUUAUACCAUCAUCUGAAGUGCAAUAAGCCAGGAUCAUAAACACUGCUUAUAGUUUUUACCAGCAUGCAUGUAAGCAAACAAGGCCACGCUCAGCCAUGUCCAGCUGUGACCUAACCUGUUCCCUCCCCUUGUACCUCGUGUGUUUGUGUGUGUGUGUGUGUGUGUGUGUGUGUGUGUGUGUGUGUGUGUGUGUGUGUGUGUGUGUGUGUGUGUGUGUUUGGGGUAUAGAAGGCGUGCUGGUGGCAGGCUGGAGCUGUCCACACACCGGGCUAUGCAGCAGUUGGCAAAUAAAGAUGAAUUCUGUUGUGUUUGGCAGCGGUUCUCCGUUCAUUAUUUUCCACUUUGCCCAGCGCACAUCCCAGACCUCAGCAGCUGCUUGUCAUGUAAAGACACUCUAUCAGGCCCUGACAGCUCCUCCCAUGCACACACACAGUACGCAUGGAUCAUACACACUCCACUUGUGCUCACACCCCCCUGCUCACAGCGCUACAUAUGUAGCGAACAUAUGUAGUGAUCUGUCUCACUAGCACUCCACUCAGCACAACUCUCCGCGCACUACACAGCUUUCUCAUCCUCACUAGUUUCCUCAUCUCUCAUCUGGUGUCACAUCGCUCUUCCUCCUCUUCUUUUGUCCUUCUCCUAAUCUUAUUGAGUCCAGCCACAUGUCUGCUGUCACACUUGACUUUAUGACUGUGAUUUCCUCAGAGCAAUACGUGCAUCUACAUGUACAGUCAGGCCCGAAGGAGGUUUUAUCUUAUCUAGGCUGUGGUCAGUCUGUCUGUUGGCCAGUUUCCUGUUUUGGAGAGCAGUGUGACAUCAAAAGGCUGUAGUUUACAUCUGUGAUGAUGAACUAGCUUAAAAGCAGAAGGCUGUCCUGUAUAGUUGUAAAGCCCAUUGUCCUUUGUCAGCGGUCUGACUGUAUUCUUCACUACACACAGGAUGUAUUUGGGGUCUAAUUUGCAGCCGGAUAAUGAAUGGGGGGUUAAUAUCAAGGGAAAUGAAUAAAUCUGGGUCUGAUUUAUCUGUAUGGUAGUACUCAAUACUAUUAGCCAUGCUUUUCUUUCUGUGUAUGAACCAGAAAUGUUAAAAAAAAAAAAAAAAGGUCAAGUGCAGCUGUCAGUUUCACUUUCUUGUCUUGUCAGUGCUUUAAAAAGGCCACAGUGUGGAAAGUAGAACUGAAUGACAGCAUAAGAAGGGGAAAUUGGUGUAAAUGGGAAGCUGACAAGGGUCAUCUAUGUUGUUUAUGCCCUGAGUGCAGACUGUUACGGGAAGGAGGUGGGUUGCACUAAAGGCUUGCGGAGACUCAAAAAACAGACAACCGGAUAUAGCCGCUUCCACUGUUGUCAUGUGACCAGGUUUGUGGUUGCAGACGAGGAAGCUGCAGUGUCUAGAAAGAGCUUGCACUAGUUAAGGAUGUGCAGCUGUUUUUCUGGGUGCUGCAACCCUGUGACAGUUUUUUAAAAACUGAUAAAAACUUAACAUGUAAACAUUUUUAGUAUGUCCUCCAUUUCCAUGUCCUCCCUUUUUUUCUCUAACCUCAAGAGGAGCUCGGUCCUUGGUGUCCUAUUUCGGUGUUUACCUCUAUUUGGCCUCACCUCAGCAGCCCCUGCAGACCUGCCAUGUUUACAGCCACAUCAUUCAAGCUAGAGACAGUUGUUCAAGGGGUCUAAUCAUAGAGAAAGUUGAGCCGGUGAUGUCAUUGUCCCGACACCCAUGUGACCGAGGCCACCUCAGCGUGGGAGAAUGUCUUGAUGAUACACGCAAUGCCUUGCGCUGCUGCGUCAUGCAUGACCACCCAUGCUACUUCUGGUGGGUGCUGUGCGUCAGAGGAGCUGGCAGGCAAAGCUCCGAUCCUUCCAAACGGGAUGGUGUUGUAAUCUGUUACACACAAAUACCUCUCAGUACCUACAAAGCUGCAUACACACACUGUUAUAUUUACAUACAAGCACACACAUGCAUACACAUAAACACCUGUCUGUGCCUAUGAGAAUCUGAGCGCUGUAAAGUAUCAAAGGUCUUAACACAAUCUGGAAGUGAUCUGUUGCACACUCACUGCCAAAGUCAAAACUUCAGAACACAAAGUUUAGUCUUCACCGCUGAGACGACGAGCUUGUACGUUAAGUUCUGUCUGGUGUUCUGGUGUCAGGUAGGGAACUCAUUAUGCUCUUGGUGCAUUGUGCACAUACUGUCCUCACUGUGGGCUGGCAUGGACUAUAGCCGGGGGAUAUGGGUCAGCCAAAACCUGACCACAGAGCGAGGCACCAGCUGGGGCCCAGCUGAGGAAAACCAGGCUCGGUGCGGAGGCCUCAUGAGACACUCUGGCUGCUGUGUGAAACAUUCAGGCAACUUAUGUUUGUGUUGAACAUGCUUUUGGUUCAACUUCAAGCACACACCUAUUUGGAUACAUGUUUCCUUCUGUGCUUUGAAUAUUUAGAUUUUAUGCUGAAGUCAGGCCGCCUGGCUCUCCUGAAGGCCCGUGAUGAAUAGCACUCUGCCGUGUGGUUUCUCCAGAGAACAGCAUACAUGUUCAGGUGACUGAUGCGUAAGUUGAUUGGUGAAGCUCGUCGUGUAAAACCGACAAACGACUCGUCAAAGUAAUUGUGUUAUAUUAAAACAGGCAUGAGGGGAAUCCAUCGAAAGGAUUCCUGCCUGUAUGUAUUUCAAUUAGAAAAGCACAUAUCUGACGGCUGACAUGGUCGAGCUAAUUUCUAAAUGAGCUAUGGUUGGCGUGGAAACACUUAACAUAUCACAAGAUGAAAAAUCUCCGGUUCCACAAUGAAAAAUGUCAAAAGAUAUUGGACAUCUGCUGUUGAUUGAAGGCUUAGUAUGUUGCAGGUCCUGCAGAUGUUUCUUCCAGUGAGAUGUUUUUUUUUUGUGGAGAACAGUAAAUCAGGUUUUUUUACACUGAUUGUUUGGAUUGAGUGUAAAGGUUUGAUGCUGAAGGGUCAUGUACAGAUGUUAUAUGACAUGAACUUUUUAAAGUGUUUUUCCUUCUCUUUUAUCUGGUCACAGGAGGCAUAUGGAAAAUAUCCCUUUAGAAAUUGCAGCUUGUGUCAUUACUUUCUAAGAAAUAUGUAGAAAAGAAGGAAGUCCUUCAUUUCAAAGUGACAAAUCUUAAAAACGACUCUCAGCAUUGAAAAUCGUCUUCUUGUCCUUUUAAAAUCAAUCUAUAAGGAUAUAAAUUGCACAGAGAGAGUAUUAUUAUCCUUGUGUUUGAUUUGUGCUGUCCAAAGCAUCAGGUUCAUCAGUCAGUGUAACAGAAUAACAGAAGCUCUUAUUGACAAAUCUCCACCUCUCCUCUUCAGACACACACACAAACACACACCAUCUCUCUCACACACUCCACACUUCUGUGUUAGAGGAAAUGGGGCAAUUAAGGACAGCUUGCCAUAGCUCUGCAUGGGGUUAAUAUGCGGCUCCGUAAUUAAAAAUAAAUUACACUUUUCCUGUAUAAAUAUUCAAGUCCCACUCCACUGUGCACCACUGCCUUGUUAUGGUAUGUAAGCUAUUUUUUUCCCCCGUCUGCACAACAUCUGGCCCGACGUUUCCUGAAGCAUCACCAGAAUAAAUUGAGUUUUUUCCGCCUACGAGAGACUCUUUUGUGUGACACAAGUGUGGCCGUGUGAAUCGGAUGGAUAUGCAUGGCUUGAGGUCAUGUCUAUUGUCAAAAAAAACAAGGCGGCAGAUGUGUAAAGUUUUAUUUUAAAACUCACAAACGAACGAGUGUUACAAAAUGAUUCAUCUCAGUGAGACUUGAGUCUGUACUGGUAUUAUUGAGCAGUCACAUUUUAGCAGACUUUGCUGUAUGCCGAAAUACUGUCUGUAUGGAGAGCAAAAGCAGGUGGACCAUAACACGUGGUGAUGAUAUCUCAGCUCUGUUGGUGGUGGUGAGCAGAUGGUAUUUUCUGAAUAAAAUAUUUAAGCUGGAGUGUAAAAUCUGCUAGACUUUUAACUGCCUCUGAAAGGUUGUUUCCUUUGCCUCUUCAGGAUCAAUCUGGCUAAGUUUUAAUGCAUACCUUUCCCAAAUGUGAGCCAUGACAUUGUUAUUUUAAGUAAACGGUAAGAAAAAAUGUAUGUUGCUAGCUUCUCGCCUGUUGUCAUCAGCUCAUAAUAGCAGCAAAUGUCUGUGUCUAUGUUUGAGAGAGUAUCUGUUGAGGUCAACACAACGAGUCAGAGACAUGUUUGGUUUAGUCCUCUGAAGCUCGCUUCUAGUCUGCGGUUGAGCCAAAAGGCCUCAGGCAACAUCGGCCAUGACUAGCACCAGAAUAUCCCAUUUGUCAGAAAGAAAAUAGUAAAGCUGUACUGUGUUGGGGAAAUAUAUUUUUUUUAAAAAGCGUGGUGGAGUGAAAGAGUACAAUAUCUCUGCAUUGCCUACCAACCAGGGUACAGGAAAGUUUGCAGACAGUUUGGAAGUUCCCAGAGAGUCCACAUUGCUGUUGACUGCAACAGAGGUGACAGACAGGGCAAAGGGUCCUGACUCCUUCAAAACCACCAUUUGUCCAGCAGCUGACCUACACUAAAGAAAAGACAGUGACAAGAUGGUCAUUUUAGGGAGCACCAGAGAACAGCAUGGUAAUUAGAAUGCAGGAAAUGGGCCACACCUCGGGGAAUUAAAACAGAAAGAGAAAGGACAACACGGCUGUCAUUAAUCACUAAACCGCUGCUGGCAGCACAUGAAGGAUGUACAAGCAUGCAGUCAUCUCCAAAAAAGGAUUUUAAAUCAGCAGAAAAAAAACUUUAUGCCAAGAAUUGUUUAUUUUUUUGUCUCUAAUAACGCAGCAACUUUCUUUUCAAUCUCUUUCUUAAAUCAGGAGAAUACAUCAAGACCUGGAGGCCGAGAUAUUUUCUCCUGAAGAGUGAUGGUACAUUCAUCGGCUACAAAGAGCGACCACAAGAUGUUGACCAGCUGGAAACCCCCUUAAAUAACUUCUCUGUCGCACGUGAGUAUCUGCCUCAGAGAAACCACUGCAUUUUCCCCCUCCGCUUCUUGGCAGCUUGUUUAAACCUUUUUUAUUUUUUUUAUUUUCUGCUUUCUCUUUUCUUGUUGUGAUCUUCACAUACUUGUUAAACUUUUGGGGGGACUAUAAACAUGCUAUACAAUCUUAGGCGUAAAAGAGGUCACCAUGCACAUAUAUUAGGUAAAAGUGCAAUUAUCAAUAUACAAGAGAAAAUCAGACAUUUUACUUUAUAAUGAACAAUCAAUUGUUUUCCUUUUUUUAGAAACAAGGAAUGUGGAACAACCGUGUGCGUUAGCAGAUUGCAAUGCUUGUGGGAAAGCUAAUUAUGAUAUUAGCUUUCAUCAUGUCCCUAAAGACAUUAGAGUCCGAGAGCUGAAUAAUGCCUGUGUUACUUACCGUAUUUUUCAGGCGCACCUGAUUAUAAGGCACACCAUCAAAGAACGCGUCUAUUUUCAUACAUAAGGCACACCGGAUUAUAAAGCACAUUAAGCCAAAUAAAACAAUCAGAUAAGUCAAACUUUAUUUAACUCAUUCAAUAACUCUGCGGGGCUAAGGUAGCUGCAGUGCUCCGACAAGCCAAAAGGAUUUUAAGGGCACCUUGUAGAGCGAAAAAUACGGUACUACUUGUACUACAUCGACAAUGUUAGGCUGCAAGCUAGCAUGAAGACCAGUGUGCGGCGCAGCGCUGUCUCCCCCCACGACUCAGAGGCGAAUUGCUAAUGAGCUACUGGAGCUCCUCUCAUUAUUAUUAUUAUUUUUUGCUCUGCAAAACCAAAACCGCGCUUACUCUUCCUUCUACCGUGGUGGUGACGUGUUGUGUCACCUUGAAAACAAUCUGUGCAAAAUAGUGAUGAUUUGAGCUUAUAAACCAGUACUUAAGGCAGAGGAAAUUCCUCGAUAAAUAUUUGUAAUCCAGGUACUCAAGGUACUCAAAGAAUUGUUCCAGCCCUAUAUAAAAGCAAAAGUCCCCUCACACAUCAUGACCAAGGAACCGUGCAUCAGUGUGCGUCACUGGUUCAAUGAUAAUGAAUGAAACCAUUAGUAAAUUGGCUGGAGUGUCAUCUCCACAGCAAGUUUCUUUCAACAGGAACGUCGCUCCAAGGCAAAGCAGGCUCUGCCACAGAAUGUGCACACAAGAUGUCAUGACAUUAAUAUAUUAGAUGUCAGUCGUCUCUUCUGAAUGUCUUCUUCAGACUCUAAAUUUUAUAGUGUCAUGAAAAAUAAUAACAAUAACAGCAACAAGACAAAAAAAAGGAAGAUAUUCCCAGAGCAGCCCAGCCCACUCCAUCUUCACAUCAGAGAAAGUUGCCCUGGUAUGCUGUGCCGAUGACUGAACACAGCAAUUAGACAGCAUACUGUUUGCUUAACAAAAUGUUUCCUCUCCGACACUCUUGAGUUAUCGUGGCUAUUAGCCGCCUGAUUUCAAGUAUUUAUCUGGGCUCAGCUCUGAGGCUCUGUCUCCAUCAGUGGAGGCUUCGCUUUUUGUCACCACUGCGACCCCUCCGCGGAGGACACAUGGAGCGUGGCUGCUGACGGGGCUGCUGCAGCUGGAUUACACAUUCAUUUUGAUGGAGCCAUGUUGGAUCUCAGUGGUGGUCCACUCCCCUGUCCUCCAUCUAUCAGAAAGAGGCGAUUUUGUGUCACGUAGUGACAUAUUUGCUGACAUGUUUCAUUUGGGAACAGAUGUUAAUGUGAAGGAGGUGCAGAUGGAAAUCUCUGCUUUCUAAAUUCAGUUAUUAGACUGUCGUGAAUAAUUGUUUUGCAAACUGCUUACGAGACAGUUAUUUCACUGGAGAAGUGUAAGAAUUGAGGGAAACAAAGGACAAAGACUGUAGCUAUUUAAUUCACCCUUGAUGAGAAAAAGUUCAACUUGUUCUUACAAGAAUAGUUUUUGUCUGGAGCAGAUGUCCUCUUGGAGUCUUAGAAACUGACUUUGGGAUUUGUUUGUUUGUUUGUUUGUUUGUUUGUUUGGCUUUUUUUUAAUAACUAUUUACUCAAAAACUGCUGAUUUAAAACCCAGUACAUGGAAAACAGCUGUUAGAUUGAUAGUUUAAAUAUAAUUGGUGUAAAUAUAUUUAAUAUUUUCUUCAUUCCAUAGUUUGAAGGAGCCGCACAGUUUGAGUCAUUAUCAAAACUUUUACCAACCAGUUUUGGCUUUAGAAAGGAAAUGACAAGUUAAGGAUCUGGGUUAUUUUCCUCCACCAGAGUGCACCUGUUCUUUUCCAAAUUGGCCGACAGUGUCUGUUAGGGUGGCGAUAAAGAUAAAUGGCUAUAACUGCGGGUCUGUCUCUCCCCUCUGCUCCUCAACACAUCGGCUCUGCUUGCCGUCUCCUUUCCCUGCCUCCCUCCCUGGCUGUGGUCAGAGUGCCAGCUGAUGAAGACGGAACGGCCCAAGCCCAACACAUUUAUCAUCCGCUGCCUGCAGUGGACCACUGUCAUCGAGCGCACCUUCCACGUGGAGACCCCCGAGGAGAGGCAAGCGAGCAACACACACACACCUCACAACUCACAGAGCCGUAAAACACAAAUCAUUUCUGUGAAUCUGGCCCUGUUGUAAGAAAAACCAAACAGUUGAAGAGCUCUGCUUUUGUAACAGGAGCACACAAAAACACACACAUUUAAUCAUUGUUAUGCGCUUGCACAAGGUCCACUGGCUAUUGGCAGAACUCACACUUGAAAUUGGCUUCCUGUUGAUAAGAAGACAAUUACAUGAUUGGGCUGCUGGGCUUGUAUGAUGGUAAAUGGGCUGAUGUAAUCUCUCUGCUGCCUGUGCCUCCCUCAGGGAAGAAUGGACUAAAGCCAUCCAGGCAGUGGCUGAAGGCCUGCAGAAACAGGAGGAGGAGAUGAUGGACUCCUCUCCAGACCCCAUGGACAUGGAGGUCUACCUGACCAAAAUCAGACACAAAGUGGUAUGGACAAUUUACACCUGACUGUGUGUCCCUUUUUUCGCUGCUCUCCCUGCAGCUAUGUUACCUCUUCCUCAACCCGCUUUAUUCCUCCUCUCCCUGAGUGUAUCCUGGUCAUCCAUGUUGACCAUAACUAUCUCCACCACCCUGGUUUUAAACCUUCCUCUGCCUCUUCCUUUCUGCUUUCUACUUUCCUUACAUCAGCCUUGUGUGGCUUAGCACCAUAUAGCAUGUCCACUAGGUUUCACAACCCCCACGUUUGUCAUGACAUAAAGGUCCAAGGCCACCGUAUUGGAUGUCCCUCACACAACCAUUUUCAACAUUCUCUUAAGUGCCGGGGUCAGAGGUUAACUGAGACACAACCACAUAUAGGCCUAAGCAUUAUAGGAGUGGAAAUUGCAUGGUGGGUGAAAUAGUGCCUUAAAUUCUUCUGUGUUGUUGUCAGUGGGGUUGUGUGUCCCGGCUACUUAGAGCACAAAUUCGUUAAUGCUUCUGUUUGUAACCAGAUGCCGCUUUCUCUCCUCUGUCUUUCCAGACUAUGCACGACUUUGAAUACCUCAAACUCCUGGGAAAAGGCACUUUUGGCAAAGUCAUUCUAGUAAAGGAGAAGGCCACGGGACGCUACUACGCCAUGAAGAUCCUGAAGAAGGAGGUGAUCGUUGCGAAAGUGAGUGGAUGCCAAUAAGCAAGGCAGAGGGAAGAAAUACACUGCAGGGGGGUAAUGACUGAUAUCUAAAUGGUUAGCCAUUGUUGGAGUUGCACAAACACCCCCUUUUUAUGGCUUUUUUUUCUUUCAGGAUGAAGUGGCGCACACACUCACAGAGAACAGAGUCCUUCAGAAUUCAAAGCAUCCGUUCUUGACAGUAAGGAGCCCCUCCACACACCUAAACCAAACCUUAUUUUAACUCUCGCAGAUCCUUGGGAGCCUCUUCAGACCAGCCCUGCAGCAUCCAUUCAGAAAAAAAAGGGCCAGUUUGAGCAGGAAUGUGUUGAAGAGCUGUUCUUAUAAAGGCUGCGGAUGAGCUAGGCCUUUCAUAGCAACACUGGACUUCUUUAUUUGUUGGUUAACCCUUGUUUCUGAAAGUAGGGGGUGUUUGUUGUGGAAAAUCCCCCCCUACAAACGCACAAUUUUAGAUCUAAGUGAAAGGAGGCAACACAGCGGGAUGAGUAGAAAUGAGUAUGGCUAAUUUAAGACACAGAGUAGUCAAAAAGCCUCGACUCAUGUAGUACAGGCAACAAAAACAGAACUAACAGUAAGAUGAAGUUCAAAAACAAUCUCAUAACAACAAGUAAAUAUGCUUCACACAUUCUUGUUCUGCCUGCAGGGCCUAAAAUACUCUUUCCAGACACACGACCGCUUGUGCUUUGUCAUGGAGUAUGCAAACGGUGGCGAGGUAAACCAUUUCAACCAUUACUUUGCAUCAGAAUAUUUCAAAGCUUAAAAAGUGAGACUUUUUCCCUCCACAUGGAUGUCCCCUUCAUUUCCCUCUGCGGUGUCCCCAUUUAUUUCUCCCACAGCUUUUCUUCCAUCUAUCAAGAGACCGCGUGUUCUCAGAGGAAAGGGCUCGGUUCUAUGGUGCAGAGAUCGUGUCGGCGCUGGACUACCUGCAUGCUGAAAGAAACGUGGUCUAUCGAGAUCUCAAGGUAGGUGUGGGUGUACAUCCUCGCUUUCUCUCAUCCUCGUCGUCAGCCUCUCUCCUCUGUCUUUCUCCUUUUCCCUCCCUUCACUUCAUUCCUCCCUUGGCAGGAUAUAAAUAGGGUCUGCCUCCAUCCAGAGCAGUGGCUGUGGCCAGGUCUUAUUGAUCUGCCUCCCCCGGAUCAGACUCUAGACCUCUCUGCAGCUGGAGGGAGGCUCGGCUCAUUCGCUUACUGCAGCUAGACAGAAAUAACUACUGGGGCUCUUUGAACAGAUUGCCACCUGUCAUAGCAUGUGUUAUAAGGGGGGGCCCGGGGUGAGAUUGACUUAAUUUAAAUGUUAGUGGUGCGUCAUCUCUAGUUAUUCUAGUUAUCCUCAUCUGAAAUUGAAGAAGUGUAUUUCAGCCCCGGUUUUUUAAGGAUCUUCAUAUAUCUAUGAUACUCUAAAGAUAGAUACAGAGGCAGAUGCUGCAGACUGAUAGGACAUUUUGGGGCUUUAGGAGGGCUGUGGGGGGUUAUCAGUGUUGCAGUGGGCAUCUGUAGUCCUACGACUUCCAGCUGAAAAAAAACAGUCAGGUCAGCACAGCACUCUCUCCCUCCCUCCCUUCUUCCCACCCUCUCUCCCUUGGGUUUAUGAGGCAGGCUCCCAGCCUGCUAGGGUUCUCCUGAAAAUGCCAGGGUAGCAGGAUUGGAGGAUGUGCUGACUCUGGCCGGGCGCUGCUGGCCACGUGUGAGCUACAGCUGCCAGGUGACUUUAACUGAGGGUGAGACACAGAGAGGGAGGGAGGACAUGCUGAUAUUAAAAGGCUGUGCAACUUUAAGUCAUGACACAGGGCGAUGCACAUCCUUGAGACUAUCAGGGCAAUUUACAUGUUUAUGUAAUGAGGAAGUAUGGACCCAUCCUUUUGUGUUUUAUCUUCAACCUUCAAAAAAAAGACUGAAGAAAAGUUUGUAGAAUCAUUUCUUUUUAAAAUCUAAAGACUUAUCUUACAUCAGCUUAUCUUACCUUUGAAGCACAUUCAAAGCAUGCAGUAUUUUAUAGUUUAAUACUUCCAGUCCUGUAAACCAUAACACAAUAUGAAAUUAGUCAUAAAAAGUGCAAGUUAAACAUGUGAUUGCCUUAAAAUGAAAGGAGAUCCAGGGAACCACCUCGAGCCAACGGAUUACAGAGCUGUCAUCUAAUUUAGCGCUGGAAAAACUGACUUACAUGGCAAGAGGAAAAGCUGAGGACUUUAACAAGAUGUGGUCAUCUUUCCUAACCUUCAUGAAUAAUCUGAAUGUGCAACCUAGAACUGGACAAGAUCUGUAGCCACCGCCUUUAGGACCUUAAAAUGGCUCAACAGUGGUUUCAUGGCUGGAGUAUUAGUACUGGGAAGUAGAAAUAGAGAUAAAGAGGAUGACCGAAUCAUGGACGUUUGUUGUUUUAAAUAAAUGUUUCUGCGUAUAUUGCCGUUCACUGAACAUAUGCAGGCUGAAUAUGUAAUGCAAAUUUUGAUAUUAUUAUCAAAACUUUAUUUACCGUAGAGCUUAUCGUGGGUCUGAAGGGUUUCUGUUUCUGUUUUUGUGUGUUAUAUUGUUGUAAUGUGUAUUAAUGUAUGUUCAUUAAAAUGGAAAAAUCAAUGAAGAGAUGGUGGAAAAAAAAAAUCAAAGAAAGGAAGAGUCAAAAAAUCUAGCUUUUUUUACUUAAUAACACAGAGGCUUUCAUAUUAGCAUAACAUCGCAUGUAAUCAAUAAGGGAGGAUCCUGGUUUAUAUCCCACCAAAUGGAAAUCCAGAUUAUCUCUUUGAUGCAAACAUGUAAUGAUCUGUCUAUCUAAAAAGACAAGAGGAAAUUCAAAGCUCAGCUGUGUGGCAAGCAGCAACAAAAGGUAAUCAUCAAAGUUCAUUAAAGCUGCUUGUGAUCGAUUCACUGAUCCACACUGUCAAAUACUCCUGAAUAAUAAUAACUUUAUCUAUACAGCACCUUUAAAAAAGAUGUUUACAAAGUGCUUUAACAGAUGAAGCGAACAAAGGCAGAAACAGAAAAAGGAAAAAAGACAGUUUAAAAAAAUGGACGGUUAAAAAUUGGCGGUCGGUGGUUGACAGCGCCACAUCAGAAGGGUGAAAAAGAAGAAGGUGGAUAGAGGACAUAUAAAAGAAAAAGAGAAAUAAAUACAUCGAUAACAAAAUAAGAUAAGGUAAAAUAAGAGUAAUAAUGAAAAGGGAGAAGGUCUAUUAAAACAUGAGAAAAUGUUCAAAAAAGGACUUAAAGUAGUAAUUAUAAUGAUAAAUACCUGAAAGGUUAAACAAGAGGUUUGCAGGCAACAAAAUAAAUAAAUCGUGCGUCAUGUAAAGGUGUCAUAUAAAAGCAAGUCUAAAAAAGUGAGUUUUAAGAUAUGAUUUAAAAGAUGUUACUGAUUCAGCCUGCCUUAUCUCCUCAGGCAGGGUGUUCCAAAGUCGAGGAGCCCUGUCAGAAAAGGCUCUAUCACCUUUCAUGUUCAGCCUCGACUUUGAGACAGCCAGCAUAUUCCAGGAACAUUAACCUCAUUCUCGCACCAUUUUGUGAUCAAAAAUAUGUAAACUGAUACUUGUACUUUGGUGCAUUUUUGAAUUUUUGUUCCUGUCACUUCUGAGAAUAAUGUGCUUGUUGACUUCCCUGAAGACUGAGUCAUUUUGUGAUAAUGCCACCAUCUUUUAUCUCUGUCCUUCCUCUUCAGCUGGAAAACCUCAUGCUGGACAAAGAUGGACACAUAAAGAUCACCGACUUUGGUCUGUGCAAAGAGGGGAUCAAAGACGGCGCCACCAUGAAAACUUUCUGUGGGACACCAGAGUACUUAGCUCCUGAGGUACCAGCUCUGCCCGAAAUGUUAAAUCCACAUUUUCUUGAAAGUGUGUCACUGUUUAUAAUUUACUCAUUCUUUGGAGAAAAAAACUGAUCAAGAUCCUACACACAUGAAUCCAAACAAAGUGCAGUGUGUGUGUUGUUGGACAUUAAUUGAUGAGAAGUAUGUAGGAGAAAAGGCAGCUGUCGUGGAUGCCUUUUUAAUCUCCAGCUGAAGUCUGAGAGUUAAUGAGUGUGCUGUGUGCCCAGGGCAGGGCGAUCUGCUCCUAUGUUUGCUGUGUGGGGAGGGGUGUGGCUACUCCCUAUUGCGUGCAGGUAUGACAAGUGUUUGAGUGGGCUGUGUAACCCGAUAUUGCAUUGUGAGUGAAGGCGCAGUGUGUGUGUGUGAAUAAGUAUGCGAAUGUUUGCGCAUGCCCCCUCGCCUGUUGCCGUAAAAAUGUUUUCCGGGAGAAGGGUGUCCAUGUUGACACAGUUGCUGUAUCGUUGUUUUUAGCCUCCAUUUGGAAUUUUCUGGUUAGGGGAGGAGGGGGUGAUUGGCUGGCAGUGCUUCAGGAAACGUGAGCUUCCGCCUCUGGAAAGAAAAAAAAAAAAAAAAAAAGACCACAUUGGCUGCAACUGUUGUGUGGCACAAGGAGAGCCUCAGCACCAGAGCUGCUUUGGAUGCCCCUCAAGACCUGAUCAGAGCUGUUGUAAGCACAGCUCCCCAGCUGACUCUCACAGGAGCAGAUCCAUUUUUUUUUUAACUUGGACCAAAUUCAGUGAAGCCAGAAUAUUCUCCCCCACACCUGGACAGACAUGAUGAAAAUAUUUUGUGUUUCCUGUAUCUCAUAAACUUAAACAUUCCUUAGACUCCCCACCAGUCCACCUACUUUACUUCUCUGAUCUGAACCCCGUCUUUAUGACAGCUUCCAGCUUCUGCAGCGUAGAGCAGGGAGACAUCAGGGGGCGUUGCUAUGGCUGCAGGGUCGCUGGCGAGCGUCUCUAUGGAGUGCGGGCCAGGCAGUGUUACAGGUUGUUCUGCAGUAAACAAUGACCUUGUUGUGUGUGCUGCACAGGAAUGCUGUAACGUCUGGGAAUAUUCCACCCAGAGCAGGAGACAGGAGGAGGAGAGGGGGAGAGAAAGAGAGAGAUUAAAAAACCUGACCAGAGUUUCUCUCUGGAGGAAAGAGUUAGACAAAUUCCCUUUGUUACUUAAGUUUGGUCAUUACAGAGGAAAACAUUAUCGGCUGAGGAGAGUUAGCUGUGAGGGAAAAACUGCUAAAACUGAUCAAGAUUCACAGGAGUAGGAAAUAACUGUCCGUCAGAUUUCAACUUUUCGAGCAAAGAAGAGUGGAGCUCCAGAGCAGCAGCAGCAGCAAGUGUUUGUGCUUUUAUCUGCUCUCUCCUCCCCCUGCCUCUGCUCCUUUGGGGCAGUGUAACAGUAUUAGUUUUGGGGCUGGGGCCCAAGCAGUCCUGGUUACGUAUAUGAGGGAUGAGCUUGGCUCCUGCGCUCCUGGCAGCUUCACAGCUGUGGUGCUCUUCUACAUAUAUGGGGCAGCUGCAGGCCCAGCUGUCGCACGGUGUGAAUCACACGACAGCAGCGCUGGAAAUAGAGACGGCCCAGUAAUCCUAGCUCCGCACCGGCUUCACGUUACUCCCUCCUGCCCUCCUCCUCGACGCUCACUGCUCACCGCAGCGCCAGGCCCUGUGCCCACAGACACAUGCACGGCUGCAAGUGAGUGCAUGUGCGCACACACACAGCAGUUUUGUUCCUUUUACGGACACAACUGUCCGUCUGUUUUCUCAGGAACCCUCUCUUUCAUCUUGUGCACCGUUGUGUUCAUAUCUAAUUCUAUUAAUCUGCCCACAUCUUUUUACCUCAGGUUCUAUUCUUAGAUCUGAAUUACACACCAUCAUGCUCCUUGAGGUUUAAGAGAACAGACUGUUCUCAUUGUCUUGAUUUCACCUUCAACAUCCGCCUGGCGAGGUAGAAUCCAGUACAUGUCCCUGGAGACCUUGGAACAACUCUGCUCAGCAGCACAUUAGUCAUGCAACAGGUCGACUGUUCAGUACGCACAACACUGGAGGAGUUUGUCUCAUUAAGAGCUGUUGAGAAAAGACAUCUUAUGAAAAUACUACGACCUCAUAUUCAACUUUAUGUAACUCUGGUCGGAUUCAUCAAGUGUUUUGUUUGUGGUACUGGUCCAUGUUUGUGGCCACACAUGUGCUUUUAUAGGCGACCCACACCUCUGCUGCUUGUUGAUUUGUAAGCGCGUUUGUGUAUGUGGAAGGCACUGCGCUGAUUAAAUAUGCAGGGCUCCAGGGGAAACUCUAUCCUUGCUCUUAAUGUGAGAUGUGAGUCAGUGUUGGCUAGGGUGGCCUCAGAAAGCCUAAACCAGGGGAGAGCAGGUAAUAUUUGGUUGGGGGUCGCAAUGAUGGGGACCCAAAAGAGCGGCUGUCUUCACAACCUUUUCGACAAAAACAACCUUUAUGUGGAAGCAUUUCCAAAAAGGCACUUCUAUGGAUUUUUAACUUCAAUAAAAGUUGUGGUGCUGUUUUUAAAUCAGUAUAAUUAAAUAGCCCACAGGUAUUCCAUCAGCUGCAUAGCAUUAACCUUAUCUCCCUCUUUUUCUCUAAGGUGCUAGAGGACAACGAUUACGGCCGUGCUGUGGACUGGUGGGGUCUGGGAGUAGUGAUGUACGAGAUGAUGUGUGGCAGACUCCCUUUCUACAAUCAGGACCAUGAGAAACUGUUUGAGCUCAUCCUUAUGGAAGAAAUCCGCUUUCCCCGGACACUCGGUCCUGAGGCACGGUCGCUGCUUUCUGGCCUCCUCAAGAAAGACCCAAUGCAGAGGUAGGGAGUCCCCUCUGUAUCCUCAAAACCUUAAAGUGGAGGGUUUCAAAGUGUUUUGGAUGAAAUAUCUGCCAAAGUAGAUUUUUAGUAGGAAUCUUCAUAUUUGGCAUUAAAAUAUCUGUCUGUUCUAACUUAGUUGUUUUGUAUUUGCCUUUCAGGUUAGGUGGUGGUCCGGAUGAUGCAAAGGAAAUCAUGCAGCACAAGUUCUUUGCGGGAAUUGAAUGGCAAGAUGUCUACGAGAAGAAGGUCAGUGUCUAAAAUGUUUCUGCUGCUUCAUCUCUCUUUCAGAUUUUUCUUGUCAUCACUGGAAGGCCCCAGUGCGCGAGUGACCGUAAUUUCUCCUGACGUGCAAAAAAAGUGACGUCACUCGAAGCGCCACCAUCCACGAACCAUGCAGCCUGUCAUCAAGAAGACAACUGUUAUUAAAUGGACUGACAGCGCUGAUGUGCUGAUAUGUUUGUCUCCACUCCUUCUCCAACAGCUGGUCCCGCCGUUUAAGCCCCAAGUUACCUCGGAGACAGACACACGAUAUUUUGACGAGGAGUUCACAGCACAGACCAUCACUAUUACGCCACCCGGACAAGGUAGCACCAAACCAUGCACAGCCACAUGAGCACAAGUACACUUAAUACAAUUUAUAUGCGAUUGCACAACUUGAGAUCAUGAGGGGAUUACUUUUUUUUUUUUUAUUACUCCAGGAUUUUUAUGGAGUUGUGUUUUAAUGUGACAUUUAGACUGAUGAGAGCUGCUGACUGUGUGAGGGAAGAUGAAAUGCUGUGUGACUGAGAUGAUAAACAUUUCCUGUAAGACUUUAUGAAGAGAAAAAAGGCCAGAAAUCACAAUUUCAAUUUACUUGACACACACUGAAAAGAGAAACUUUAAAAAAGGCACUGUACAGUCAAGUUAUUUAACUUCUGUAGUUUUAUUUUAACAUGACUCUUGAAGAUAUUUUGUGGAGCUCAUAAAUGUGUGAAAAAGCAUUAAGCUCUCCUGAGAGGAGUCUUUCCUCUUCUGGACAGCCAGUGUCAAUUAAAACCAGUCUUCUAGUGCCUUCACAGUCAGAGUCCAUUUGAAAGUGUUUGACAAAAAGGAUGCCAGAUAUUAUUCGCACAAUGUCAGUAUCAGCAGAUAAGAAAGUUUCUGUUGCUUUGUAUUCACCCUAAUAAGGUGAUGCAUGAAUGAUUUUCACACAAAAACUGCUUAUACUUAGUAGCAAGCUUGAAUUUGUUUGCUGGGCAGAAGCAUCCUGAAGUGCCACCUUUCAACAGCCUUGUAAAAGCUCGAUAUGAACCAGUGACCUGAUAUUUAAUAAUGACCUGAUAUGUAACAUUGACCCAAAAUGUAACGAUGACCCAAAAUGACCCAAAAUGUAACAAUGACCUGAUAUGUGUAAUGAUGACCCUAAAUGUAACAAAAACCCAAAAUGUAACGAUGACCUGAUAUGUAAUGAUGACCCUAAACGUAAUAAUGACCCAAAAGGUAACAAUGACCCAAAAUGUUACAAGGACCUGAUAUGUAAUGAUGACCCUAAAUGUCACAAUGACCCAAAAUGUAAAGAUGACCCAAAAUGUAACAAUGACCCUAAACGUAACAAUGACCCAAAAUGCAACAAUGACCCAAAACGUAAUAAUGACCCAAAAUGUAACAAUGACCUGAUAUGUAAUGAUGACCCUAAAUGUCACAAUGACCCUUAACGUAAUAAUGACCCAAAAUGUAACAAUGACCCAAAAUGUUACAAUGACCUGAUAUGUAGCAAUAACCCAAAAUGUUACAAUGAGCUGAAAUAUUAUUUUAAAAAAUGUAAUAAAACGUGAAAUGUAAUAACUGGUCAAUAAUGUGAAAGAUGCUGAGCCCAAAACAUCAAAACGUUUUGCCCAAAAUGUAGCAACCUGUUACAUUUUGGGUCAGUUUGAGUUUUAUUACAUUGUUUAUCUUACAUAUCGGGCUCAACACUUUUGUUACAUUAUUGACCAAUUAUUUCAUUUUUGGCUUCAUUACAUUUUUUUUUAUAACAUUUCAGGUCAUUGUUACAUAUUGGGCUCUAACAAGCCUUUAUUUCAGUCAUUCAACAUGGCAAAUUAGAAAAUCACUGAAUUUGAUGCUGCCAAUAACCAGUCUUUGAGUGUGGUGGAAGAAUCAGUGCGUUAGUGUACUCUGCAAUCAGUUCAGUAACAUUGUGUGAAUGGAAGAUGUGUAGUGACAGAUUUUGAGUGGUUGGAAAGCGUUACAUAAACACUGUCUUUUUACCAUUUAAGAGCAAGAAAAGCCAAGAUUUUUCUUGUUUCCGUUUUUUUUUUUUUUUUUUUUUUUUUUGACAGAUUGCAGCACAGAAACUCAUUCUCAUACUUUUCUUUCUAUCACCAGCAGUGCAGCACGUUGAGUAGCUCUCAGUUCUGGUCUGCUCAGUUUGCUGCUUGAUCUCCUUCUCUUUAUGACCUUGUAUGUUAUCAGCAAUUAACAACACUGACCAGCUUCCUGUUGCACCAGCUCUGUAUAUGUUGUGUCUUAGUUUGGGGUACAAAGUUCAUACCAGACAAAACUGUGAAUCUUGUUAGUUUGUAUGUGCAGUUGUGUCAUAGUUACGUUGCACCAUGGAGACACAAGAUUUGUCUAAACUAGUCGACCAUAACUUCUUAUCUAUUGUAGCAAAAAUAGUAGCAGACAAGAUGUUUUAUUUCCUGUGGCCAAUCACUGAAUGAAAAGCACUUUUUAAGGGAGUACUUGUAACAGUCUUAACUCUCAUUCUUGAUUGCCUCUUUCUGCUAAUGGCUGAAAACAACUGCUGUUAACUCCCCUUAAAUCACUAACAGCAAUGCAAAGGUAUAUAUAUAAUACAAAACAUUUUAAAUAGGUGAUAACUCAAGCCUGUGUCCAUGAUCUACAGUUAGUGUAAAGUAAUAACAGUGACACUGACCACAACAAAUAGUGCUAAUGGAAGUGAUAAAAUUAUCAUCACUCCUGCAAAGAGCUGAGGAUGUACUGCAGAUGCUACCCUGCCAGCAAAAUGAUCAGCUUCUCUUCAACCUUUAAGUUCAUUCAUCUUUCAGAACAAUGUGCCAUGACAGCCAGAGGUAUAUAGAGGACUCAAAACCUGCUCAGAGUGAGGUGUACAGAGUAUUUAGCUAACCUUUAAGUUGGAAGCGGUGCAUUUUCUGUCCUAAAUUUGGUAUAAGAUUCAGUCUAGGCUGAAUCCAGAGCUGGUAGAAUACAGUGUAGGGCAGGAGCAACAAUGCUGGGAUGCCAUAGUAUACCGUGAUGUUGUGAAGAAUACAAAAUGCAGCAAUAAUGAUGUCUUAGACAAACCCUGUACAUUAAAGAAAUUCCUCUAAUCAAACGAUUUUACUGAUUUGCAAACUUUCUCGAUCUGGUUUUAAACACGAAAGACACUGAAGGUGGUGUGACAAAAUCUGAGAAUAUAAUAGAUUUUUUUAUUUUUCAAUCAGGAAUGUUCCCAUUGAGAAACAAACUCUGUAUACAUACUGUCCACAUCUGAGCAGCACAAAACUUAAGCAGUCCUUCUUUGUCUCUCCUCAGAUGACAGUAUGGAGUCCUUUGACAGCGAGCGGAGACCUCACUUCCCCCAGUUCUCCUACUCAGCCUCUGGGACGGCUUAAGCGUCUCUGAUACAUUCCUUUGGUCCUGACAUCUCCCCCACCCCUGCCGACUGCACUCUCAAAAGACUGGGGGUCCACAGCCCCCUGUUCUCCCUGCAUUGUCUACGGAUGCUGUUGGUGGAUGUAACAUUUCCAGUCUGCAAGUUCUGUGUGUUUUUUUUUUUUUUUUUUGUCCAGGAAGGAGGAAAUUCAAGACAAAACAAAGAUAACUGUGGUUGGUCUGUGAGGCCUUUGAAGACUGACCAUACUGAGUUAACACUACUCUGCAUUUCCUGGUUGUUAUGUUGUAUACUGAGCAGGCUUCCAUACACCAUAAUGAACAGGGAAAUGCAGUUUUGUUAUGCACAAAUUAGGUCACUCAUAUGAAUUUUGAAAAGGGGCCACUUUUUUGGGAUCAAAAGUAUACACCUGAAUAUCAAGCAUUUCAAACAGAAACAGUCAGACUGUGGACCAAAACCAUCAAGUGAGCAGUGAGUGUGUUUUUUUGUCUAGUGGGUGAUGAAUCCAUGUUUUCCUUUUUAAGACUCCUGAACUUUUCAGACACCAUUCAAGACGUUUUUUGGCUUCAAAAGUGAAUGUACCGUAUCAAAUAAAGUCAAUCUUUCUGCAUACGUAUGUGGCUGAUUCUCCUCAAGACUGAAGUCUUCUGGAGAGGAUUUGUUUUUGUUUUGUUGUUUUUUUUUAAUCACUUUUUCUACUUCCCUGAUGCAAAACUGACACCAAACGGUCUGUCAUAUUUCUAUCCUCCACCAUGAUGAGUCUGAUGAAUCAAUUGUGCAAUACAGUGUGAUGCAAGGAGAGAAUGCAGAGCGAUAAAUCAUUAUGGUGAAAGCUCUCCUGCAGCGGAUUUCCUCUUUACUGUUUGCACAUCAGAGUCACUGAAAACCCCCAGUUUUAUGUUCAGGAUUAAAAAAAACUCCUACAGCUCCCCUCCUCCCCUGAAGUAAGUGCUUAUAUCUCCUGAUGCCUUCCUCUCUGGAUGCUGCAGACUCCUCCUGGUUUCUCUCUUUUCUCCUCUCGGGUUUUUCCUCCAUGUACAGUUCAGUAUUGGGUGCGUUUUUUCCCACCCAGUGCAUUCACAGCAGCCUCAAUGAGGUCACUUUAACAUAAAUCACUUCUUUAGGAAUACUUUGCAAAAAACUGGGCUUCAGGGGAAGAAACACAGUCAUCUUUGAUAUGUUACAUCAGGGAUCAUGUGUCCCUUUGUGAGCUUUUGGGUUAUUUAUAAUGAGACCAGCAUUGACUAAAACUAUUUUAACUGUGCCAAUGAUAUGCACUUUGCUGCCCCCAAAAUGAUUGUAUUUGGACUCUUAUUUUUACUUUCUGGUUGUUAAAGACUAAAUUAGUGUCUUUUUAUCAUGUAAAGUCAAAUGUGGAAACAAAACAGGAAUUGCUUGUUUGAAUGAUCACCCCCUUUUUUCUAGACAGCUGAGGUUGAACUCUUGGGAACUGAAGCUGUUAUUUCAAAGUGUACUGAGAAGCUCCCAAGAGGGCUUCAGUGUUUUUCUAAAGAUGACAGAUAAUCAUUUGUCAAAAGUGCAUCAUACAUUAUUGAAUGUAAUGGUUUUUAUGAUAUUGUUUUCACUUCAAUCGUUUGCAAGCCUCUUUUUUUCUGUUUGGUUUUUGAAUCUGAUUGUUAAUUAUUUCCUAUGCACGCUCACCCUUUGCUGUCAUCUUCUGAAAAUAGGGAAAUUCAUUUUAUACUUUUUAUUUUUUAUCUCAACUUUUUUGUACCUGCCCUCCCGUAUUCCUGAGACUGAGGACACCAGCUUUAGUAAACAAAUAAUAUAAACUUUGUACACUGUUUUUACUUAUUUCUCUCAAAUUGAUGAAAUAAAAGGUCUUAACAAAAA